AUGGAACUGAGACUACGCUUCCCAGGACGCACCGCGGCACAUCCCGACUACCAUCGCGGCCAGAGCGGGGCACGCCGGGACGGAGAUUCUUGGGCUGUAAUGGGCCUCGGGAACUCCCUGUCCCUACGCUGGCGGCUGCCACUGCACUGUCCAGGAUCUUCGAAGACCAAACCAGAAAUUGAGAGACUCAAGACACUGAUAUAUUUUUUAACAGGUUACUGCCCGGACAAAUUCGCGCUGGCGGCCGAGUGCUAUGAGCAGCUGAGCCAGCUGCACCCGGAACUGGAGCAGUACCGCCUGUACCAGGCCCAGGCCCUGUACAAGGCCUGCCUUUAUCCCGAGGCCACCCGGGUCACCUUCCUCCUCCUGGACAGUCCCGCCUACCACAGCCGAGUCCUCCGCCUGCAAGCUGCUAUCAAGUACAGCGAGGGCGAUCUGUCAGGGGCCAGGAGCCUGGUGGAGCAGCUGCUGAGUGGGGAAGGGGCAGAAGAAAGUGAGGGCGACAACGAGGCUGAUAGCCAGGUUAACCUGGGUUGUCUGCUGUACAAGGAGGGUCAGUAUGAAGCAGCAUGUGCCAAGUUUUUUGCGGCCCUGCAAGCCUCGGGCUGCCGGCCUGACCUUUCCUACAACCUGGCUUUGGCUUAUUACAGCAGCAGGCACUAUGCCCCUGCGUUGAAGCAUAUCGCUGAUAUUAUAGAACGUGGCAUCCGCCAGCAUCCAGAGCUGGGUGUGGGCAUGAGCACUGAGGGCAUUGAUGUUCGCAGUGUUGGCAACACCUUAGUGCUCCACCAGACUGCUCUGGUGGAAGCCUUCAACCUCAAGGCAGCCAUAGAAUACCAACUGAAGAACUACGAGGCAGCUCAGGAAGCCCUCACUGACAUGCCACCCAGGGCAGAGGAAGAGUUGGACCCUGUGACGCUACACAACCAGGCAUUAAUGAACAUGGAUGCUAAGCCGACAGAAGGGUUUGAAAAGCUACAGUUUUUGCUGCAGCAGAAUCCCUUUCCCCCAGAGACUUUUGGCAACCUGUUGCUGCUCUACUGUAAAUAUGAGUAUUUUGACUUGGCAGCAGAUGUCCUGGCAGAAAAUGCCCAUUUGACUUACAAGUUCCUCACACCCUAUCUCUAUGACUUCUUAGAUGCCUUGAUCACUCAUGUUCUGUUCAUGCAGGAAAACAAAUACAAAGAAGCCAUCGGUUUCUAUGAGCCCAUAGUCAAGAAGCAUUAUGAUAAUAUCCUGAAUGUCAGUGCAAUUGUAUUAGCUAACCUCUGUGUUUCGUAUAUUAUGACAAGUCAAAAUGAAGAAGCUGAAGAGCUGAUGAGGAAGAUCGAAAAGGAAGAAGAGCAGCUCUCUUAUGAUGACCCAGAUAAGAAAAUCUACCAUCUCUGCAUUGUGAACUUGGUAAUAGGAACUCUUUACUGUGCCAAAGGAAACUAUGACUUUGGUAUUUCUCGAGUUAUCAAAAGCUUGGAGCCUUAUAAUAAAAAACUUGGAACUGAUACUUGGUAUUAUGCCAAAAGAUGUUUCCUGUCCUUAUUAGAAAACAUGUCAAAACACACAAUCAUGCUUCGUGACACUGUUAUUCAAGAAUGUGUCCAGUUUCUACAACACUGUGAACUUCAUGGCAGAAACAUACCUGCCAUUAUAGAACAACCGCUAGAAGAAGAAAGGAUGCACAUUGGAAAGAAUACAGUCACAUAUGAGUCCAGACAGUUAAGAGCUCUGAUUUAUGAGAUUAUAGGAUGGAAUAUAUAAUGACUGAU